AUGAGCCCGCAGGCCCCUGCAGCAGCUGCUGCAGCAGCUGCUGCUGCAGCAGCGCAGGCCAGCCAGUUCUUCUCCCUUGCUGGGGACCACGCGGACUCGCGGCAGGCCUUGUGUCUCCCUGCAGCUGAGGUUUUUGCCAUUCUUGACGGCGACGAGACCCCCGAAAGUGCUGCUGCUGCAGAGGCCAGCGGGUUGCUGCAGCAGAGCAGUUCUGCUGCAGUGGAGCGGCUGAGUCCUGGCACUGCAGCAGACUGCAGCUCCCAGGGCAUGCAGCUGAUCUCCGACUUCUCAGACUUGACAAACAACUUGCCCGGCUCGCUGCAGCCCUCUGCAGAAGAAAUGGUGCGGCUGCUUCUCGCGGAAGUGCCCGUUGCUCCCGACAAAGUGGCCCCGAGUGGUUCUGCUGCUGUGGAGCAGCAGCAAAGUUCGCCAAGGGCUUCCGCAGAAGCUCUUCAGCGCAGCAGCGCGAAACACGAAAGAGCUGCUUCCCCAGAGUUCUGCACGCGCCUGCUGCCCGAAGGACUCAGCCGUUCUGGAAAGAGGCAGCGGACUGCAGAUCCUGGAGCAGCGGAGGCCUGCAACAACUCCCCCUCAGGCUACAGCCCAGCCUCCACUAGAGAUAUAGACGAACAGAUCAGCAGAGCCAUUUCAGACUUCGUCGAAAAAUCGACAGAAUGGCAAGAGAUCCUUUACUACGCCACCACAGAGCCAAAAGACAUUCAGGUUCGCCUCUAG